AACCUCAAAUUAUUGUUAAAAAAAUCAUCAGCUGUGAUCAUCAGAAGUUUAUGUUCUGUGUUGUUAUAUCGUUAUAUGAUCGUUAAUUGUUAUAUAAAUAAAACAUCGAAUACUCUAUGUUAGUGACCCUUUUGUAACUAAUAAUUUGAAUUUCGUCAAAAUGCCAUUAAAAGUAGAAAGAAAAUGCACCAAUUACAAAAACUGUUCAGAUAAAUUUACUUGCCCAUCGACGGAUUUUACUAAACAGUAUUGCAGUAUUUAUUUGGCGAGAUUAGAACAAAUGGAAGUAUUACUUAUGGAUAGAAUAAAGCAAAAAUGGGGUAACAAGUAUCCAGUAUGCAAAUUACACAAGCUAUCCGAAGAGCAAUAUACCAAAUGCAUUGUUAUUGGAACUUUGUUUAAAGAUCAAAAAUUAAAACCGUCAGUUCUAAAGCGAAUUGCUGAAGGUAACCAGUUGGUUCCACAACCUAUUUUAACGCAUUUUACAGACGAAUCAGAUGUACUAUUUAUGGAAGAUGAGGUUCAAAGAUACCAAUUAUCAGGUAUAGGAAAUAUUGAUAUUAAAAAAUUGGUCACGGGUAUUUCCUGUGCUUUAUUGGGAAAGGACGAAGGAAAAGGAAAAUUUAAAGUAGAUGAGUUUAUAUUUGCAAAUAUGAGAGAUCAAAUCGAAAGGCCAGUGCUGACUGAAUCUCUUUAUGUUUUAUUUCUAAGUGGUAUAAAUUUUGUAGAACACGAAAAGAUUGCUCUUCAUUUGCAAUUACUGACAUAUUGGAUAAGCGGUCUAUUAGGAAAUACUGACCUCAUAUCGAGAGUAUGUCGUGUAGUUAUUGCUGGUAAUAGCAUAAGAAACAAGCCACCUAAAGCUAAACCGACAAUUUCUUUAGUGUCGCGAACCACCGAAUCUCCAGAAACUAUCGAAGCUGUUAAGAAUUUUGAUAGUUUCUUACUUAAAAUGUGUCAAGUAAUUGAUAUUGAUAUCAUGCCUGGGGAACAUGAUCCAUCAAAUCAUAUACUACCCCAGAGACCAAUUCACUUCUGUAUGUUUCCCGAAUCAUCUUUAUAUAAAUCAUUUAAUCAAGUAUCAAAUCCAUAUUUUUGUGAAGUAGAAGGAAUAAAAAUUAUUGGAACCUCAGGUCAGCCUAUUAAUGACAUUCUAAGGUACUCAGACAUUACAUCUAACCUGGAAGCAAUGGAAAGUUGUCUCAUUUGGAAUCAUCUAGCACCCACGGCACCAGAUACUUUAGGAUGUUUUCCCUUUUAUAAUAAAGACCCAUUUAUUUUAACACAAUGUCCACAUGUACUUUUUGCUGGAAACCAAGAGCAAUUUGGUACAAAAUUUGUUACAGGCGAGGAUGGACAAAAAAUAUGCCUCAUUAGUAUUCCAGAUUUUUCAAAGACAUUCCAAGGUGUUUUGUUAAAUUUAAAAGAUCUCAGUUGUAAAUCUAUUUCGUUUCAAACUAAUUAAGUUAUUUUUUAAUAAAACACUAAUUUAUCCAACAAA